AGUGCGGGGGCGCGCACGGGGUGGGUCUGGGCGGUGGCGGGCGGCGUUUGUCACCGGUGGCGGCAGCAGGACUAGCGGCGAGGCGAGGCAGGAGCCGGUGCUGGACAUAGGUUGCACUUGCAGAGAUGGCUGAACAAGAACCCACCCCUGAGCAGCUGGCCCAGAUUGCCGCCGAAAAUGAAGAGGAUGAGCACUCUGUCAAUUACAAGCCCCCUGCCCAGAAGAGCAUCCAGGAGAUCCAGGAACUUGACAAGGACGAUGAGAGUUUACGCAAGUACAAAGAGACCCUGCUUGGAAAUGUCGCUGUUUCUGCUGAUCCCAGUGCUCCAAAUGUGGUGGUAACAAAACUGACCCUGGUCUGCGCCAGCGCCCCUGGCCCAUUGGAGCUGGACCUCAAAGGUGACUUGGAGAGUUUCAAGAAGCAGUCAUUUGUGCUAAAGGAGGCUGUGGAAUACCGGAUAAAGAUCUCCUUCCAGGUGAACAAGGAGAUUGUUUCAGGGCUGAAGUACAUUCAACACACGUUCAGGAAAGGAGUCAAGAUUGACAAGACUGAUUACAUGGUUGGGAGUUACGGGCCACGUUCUGAAGAGUACGAGUUCUUAACCCCUGUGGAGGAAGCCCCCAAGGGUAUGCUGGCCCGGGGCAGCUACAACAUCAAAUCGAAAUUUACAGAUGACGACAAGACGGACCACCUGUCCUGGGAGUGGAACCUGACCAUCAAGAAGGAGUGGAAGGAUUAGUCCUUCCAAUGCCAAAUCCCAAGAGUUGCUCAGACAGUGGCUACAGUAGAACUCCCCACCCUGUACCAAAGUGCUGGCAUUGGAUAACCUUCCCCUUCCCCUUUUAGCACACCAGGAAGACCUCUUGGCUCAAGGCCCCAUGUUCCCUCUGAGAAUCACUGAAAGAAAUUGACCAAACCUACCCUUGUCUGUCCCCCUGAGCACAGAGGCAGACAUGCUUCAUGUCCUUCCCCUGGGCUCAUUUCACUGCUGCUUCUAACCCUUUGGAAUAUAUUUUAGGCAGGUUCUAAAAGGGAAGCAAUGUUCGUUCCUGCUUGUUCGGGCGGGGGCAGGGGGGAGAGGAUUUGGAGGCAUUCCUGCCUCUGGGCAAGAGGUGAAAUGCGGAAGAAUCACGAUUCCACGCCAAGCUGGCAACUGCCUGCUGCCCCAAUUGAUUCCAGGCUCAAUCACGUUCAUGGCCGGCCUUCCCCCUCCCCCGCAGAGUGGGGGGGGGCACGGGCUGGCUUUCCAUUUGUGAUGGUUUCUGUAACCCUGAUGCCUUAAUGUGUGUGUAACAUACAUCCCCCAGGUAGGGGGCCUCCAAACCUUGUUAGACUUUUUAUAUGUGCUCCCAUCCCAUCCAUAGACACACUCCCCUCCCUUCUGAUUUACAUCUCCUGGCUUGACCAUCAUCCUGCUGAGGUUGAGUUCUGCAAGGACUUAAGCAGGGUUCAGGCUGUUACACUUGCAGGCUUCCCAUGGCUAGAGAAGCACUUACUUCCAGCGGGGCGGGUUCGUGUGUGUGGCUUAGAAGUCACUAGUGCCACCAUCACUUUGUUAGUUCUGUCACAUCCCAAUUCGUUGCAAAGCAUGGAAGUCCCUGGGACCGCUUCAGAGUUUCAGGGCUGGAAGAUGGAUUGGCCAAGCUCAGCUGCUCCUCCUCUGAUUCGAACAAAGAGCUUGUGAUGGACAAAUGCUCAAGAGCAGUGAAUGCCUUAUGUAUCUGUUCUGCCUUUGAAAUUGUGUGCCUGGCCUGUCAGUAUUUAUUAUUGCCUUGAUUAGAUCCCUUUCCUUCAUGAUACCUGAGCAGCCCCAGUGAAACCUCAGUGACCUGGCAGUUGAGGAAGCAGGAGGUUGGCAGGGUCUGAAAUCUCCGCUUGCCAGACAGGCAUGUUCCAGCUUGGCAGUCCAGUUCAGUGGGCUGCACUGAGUCCCAAAGUUGUGCUAGAACUGGGACCAAGUGUGUGGUUCUUUCAUAGCUAUGUCUCUGCCCCUACAUCCUCCUCCCUGCUCCUUUCCUUAGAGGAGACUUUUGUUUGAUUUGGCACAUUUUGUCUGUAAAUCUUAGAUUAGGAUUAACAGAUUUGGAAUCAACGGCUUCCCCUUCCGACAGUUAAAAUAAAAUCUUGAAACUGAUCAUGA